CAGUUGAGGCUCAUGGAAGGGAAUCCUCACCUGUUGAUGUUAAAUCAUCGUCAGGACGACACGUGACUCUUGAUAGAAUCGAAGAAAAGAUUAAAUCUUUUGUGGCUGACAAUUUUUGGGAAUAUCGCUCUUUAUUCAAAAUUCACAAAAAUAAAAUCUACAAAGAUCAAUUUAAUACAGUUCAACAUAGCCAAAAGGCAGAAGAUUGUGAAAAUUAAAACCAUAAAAUAGAUUUUUUGGAUGAUUUUGUAACAUCUUUGGGCUAUGAUAAUUUCUCGCUAUACGGUAUAUAAUUACCAAGUAUUGUUUACUCAUUAUUUUGUUAUCCUCUUGUUUGUACAUGUAGGUGUGGAUCACAUAAUAUUUGGAGCUAAGUUCUUACUUCACAGUUGUGUGACAUAUCCAUUUACUGUAUUCAGUCGCCAGUGUCAGGCGAUUCCAUAUUAUGCAGUAGGUCCAUUGUAUGCUGCCCCUGGGAUGACACUGUAUGUCAUGAACAAGAUUACAAGUUCACAGGGACUCUUAAGUUGGUGGCGUGGUUUCAAGGCUAGUGUCAUUUGUCUCUUAGGGCGACCAUUUGCUGCAGCUGCUCUUACUUGGAUUGCUGAAAGAAAGAGUCGGAGCAGAAAGGUUUCUGUGACAUGGAGCAGACUAAGGUCUUACCUCAUUUGUCUUGUUGUUAAUGGAUUAUCAUACACAGUGUGCUUGCCAUUAACUUCUUUUAUUUUGAUGGAAUCUGUUCAAAAUACACAGCAAAGGACAUACCAGCCUGACUAUUAUGGUUUCAGAGAAUUCACACUAGAGCGACCAUUGCUGAUAAGUAAUGACCCCAGUAAAAGACUCUCCUUCCUACAGCUAGUAGUGCCUACUGUUGUAACUAGCGUGUUCUGUGACAUUUUAAGAGAGCAAGUAUUAAAACUAGUCACUCAGUUUCCUCCACUAAAGAGGGUCCAGUCUUCAAAAUCCCAUCACCUCUCACCUCGUAGUCUCUUGAAACAACUCUGGGCCUCUUACAUCAGCUCGUUUGUAGUUGAUAUGGUCACGUAUCCUUUAAGAACUAUUGUAUUACGACUACACCUACAGGGGCUACCCGUAUUAGUGGAAAACGUUGAGACAGGCAUUAGUGUUAAUUUUGUGACUACAUUUUACACAGGACCCAUUGACUGUGCUCAAGGGAUAUGGGAGGCUGAAGGGUUCACUGGAUUCUAUAAAGGAUUCUCCUCAGUGUUGCUGCAAUACUCAUUGUAUGGCUUGUUCCUAGUGAUAGUAUGGAGGGGGAUCCAACAAUGGGAAAGAUUAAAGGAUAAUAAUAGAAAAUGAUUUUAGUUCAUUAAUACCUAUGUAAUUAUUAUUAUUAAUUACUAUAGUAUGGAAAAUUAAUAGUAUUUAACUUAAUUGUUAUUAUCAUUGCACAGCAAAAUUUUAAGUUUUUAAGAUAAUUUAGGACACAUACAAA